AUGUGUGGAGAGCCGCGUUGCGCGCAAGCUGGCAGCUUCCUGGCGGUGCUUUUUGCCAUGCUCAUGGGCUACACCUUCUCCAUCAUGGGCCGCGUGUGCGCCGUGACAGGCCAGCGGAGCCACAAGGACUGCGCCAAGGAGGUGAGCGGCCCGCUGCUGGGGGAGGCCAUGGCCCUGACGCUGCUGGUGAAGACCGUCUUCACGUGCUUGGCCUUCGCCAUUGUCAUUGGGGAGUCCUUCUCCCGGAUCCUGCAUUACUGCGGCUUCACCGGCGCGAUGGCCACUACGCAGGCUGCGCUGCUGCUGAUUUGCGUCUUCGUGCUGGUGCCGCUGUGCCUCCAGAGGGAGCUUUCGGUGCUAGCCUACACCUCCAUGAUCGGGUGCCUGGGCCAGGUGUGGGUUGUCUUCACCAUGCACAUCCGGUACAUGGACGGCUCCUACCGCCCAGGAGGGCGCUUCUAUGACCAAGUGGCGCCCAAGGAUCAGCCCGACUUCAGUGACGGCGUCAUCUACUGGAAGACGAGCGCGGCCACCUUUGUGCUCCUCGGCUCCCUUGCGACGGCCUUCAUCGCGCACUACAAUGCGCCCAAGUACUAUGCGCAGCUGCAGGACGCCACUCCGGCAAAGUUCACGAAGGUGGUCUGCGGCGCCUUUGCUUUUGCGACGAUCAUCUAUUUCUGGAUCAUGGCCGUUGGGUACCUCACCUUCGGCUCGGCGGCUGAAGGCCUCAUCCUCAACAACUACUCCGAGCAGGACGGCCUCGUCACCACGGCGCGCUUUGCCAUCAGCUUCGCUGUAGUCUUCGCCUUUCCCCUGGGCUUCACCGGCCUGCGGGACGCCACCAUGUCCACCUUCAACAUCUCCCAGGACAGGUUCCGAACGGUGACCUUCCUGUUGCUGGCUAUCAUCAUCACAGCCGCCUGCUUCUUCCAUGACUUGGGCCUGGCGAACAGCUUGGGCGGCGCCAUUUUGGGGGCGCUGAUCACGAUGAUCUUCCCGGCGCUGUUGCUCUACGGUGCCAGGGAUUCGGUGGAGAUCUCGCGGCUGGAGGGCCAAGUGGGCGGCGGCCUGGUGCUGACGCUGGGCUUCAUCUUGCUGCUGUUCGGGUCCUCGAUCGUGGUCAUCGCCAAGUUCUACCCUGAAGUUCUGGCGGGUUAG